AUGGGGGAGCCCGUGCCGAGCGCGCCGCCGCUUUCGGCUCCACCGGUCGUGGUGGUCGCUCCCAGACCCAAGUCGCCGCCCAAGUACCCCGACCUCUGCGGCCGCCGGAGGCUGCAGCUCGAGCUGCAGAUGCUGAACCGCGAGAUUGGCUUCAUCGAGAUAGAAAGGCACUGUCACCCUCAAAACAGAGCUAUGAAUCCUAGUCCAAAUGAACAGAUGUCAAGAUGGAAGACAUACAGUAACAACAUCAGGAGGAGUUACAAUCACUUGAAGGAGUCCAACCUGUUUCCAGAUGCUGCAAGGAUUGCAGCAGAAACUGCAGCAAUUGCUCGAAAACACCUUGCAUUUGCGACGGAACAUGCUCCUGCUGCUCCAAAAUGUCCUGCAGCUGUGGUGGAACAUGCUGCAGCUGCUCGGAGGUUCCUUGCAGUUGCACCAGAACAUGCUACAGGUGCUCCAAAACUCCUUGCAGUUGCUGUGAAACAUGCUGCAGCUGCUCAAAAGUUCCUUGCACUUGCGGCUCAACAUGCUUCAGCUGCUCAAAAGCUCCUUGCACUUGCGGGUCAACAUGCUUCAGCUGCUCAAAAAUUCCUUGCAGCUGUGCCGGAACAUGCUGCAGCUGCACAAAACAUCCUUGCAGUUGCGCUGGAGAAUGCUGCAGCUGCUCGAAAACUCCUUGCAGUUGCGCUGGAGAAUGCUGCAGCUGCUCGAAAACUCCUUGCAGCUGCGCUGGAGAAUGCUGCGGCUGCACCAAAAAUCCUUGCAGUUGUGGUGGAACAUGCUGGAGUUGCCCAAAGGCUUCUUGCAGCAGUUGCUUCGAUGUGUCUUGCUGCAAACCGCAAUGCCAUUGCUUCAACGCUUCCUCCUGCAGGCCUCACUGCUGUAGCUGGUGGCCUUCCUGUUUCAGGCCAUGGCGGUGUAGCUGGUGGCCGUCAUGCUCCAGUUCAUGCUGUGAUCAACCAUGUUGCGGUGGCCGGAAGACAUCAUGCUCCAAUUCAUGUUGUACUCGACCACUCUGCUGCGACUGGAGGCCGUCCUGCCCCGGUUCCUGUUGUCCCCAAGGAUGGUGCCGUGGGUGGAACCCCACCUGCUGGAGACCACAGUGCGACUGCUCAUGGUGCUGCGGCUGGAAACCUUCAUGCUGUUCCGGAAGACGGUGCUGUAGCUCGAAGCCUUCGUGCUCCAGAGGCUGCUGCGCCUGCGCCCUCCCAAGACUCUCCUGCCCUGAGUAUUCUUGUGGCUGUGUCUGGUCCUGCUCCAAGUGCACAGAUGCAUGCCUCUUACCUAAAUGCACCAAAAAACCCUGCUGCAUCACUGGAUGUCUAUGUUAAGAUUCAGACCAUAAAUUUGUAUUCCUUUAUUCUAGCUUGA